AGGUUCGGUUGUGAUUAUUCCGUGUCUCUUUUCUCUGUCUUUUUCCAUACGCGGUUUUUCCCCUUUGACUCUCUCUAAACUCUUCAACUAAAUCCCUCUCUUAUUUUUUCCUAUUUUCUUCCUUCAAACAUUAGCCGACCACUUCUGAUUUUUGGAUUCCGAUUGUAAUUGACCGAAAGAUUAUGAUGAGAUUGUGUUAUCGGCCGUUGGAAAGAUGUUUUGGAAGGCGUAGUGGGGAUGGGCUUUUGUGGCAUACGGACUUGAAGCCUCAUGCCUCAGGCGACUUUUCAAUGGCCGUUGUUCAGGCUAAUUCCUCUCUUGAAGACCAAAGUCAAGUCCUUACUUCUCCUUCGACUACCUAUGUUGGUGUCUAUGAUGGCCAUGGAGGCCCUGAAGCCGCCCGUUUUGUCAAUAGACAUCUAUUCCCUUAUUUGCACAAGUUCCAGAAAGAGCAAGGGUGUUUAUCAUCAGAGGUGAUAAACAGAGCAUUUACUGCAACAGAAGAGGAUUUUAUUCGAUUGGUGAAACAAUCAUUGCCUUCAAUGCCAAAGAUUGCUUCAGUUGGAUCAUGUUGUUUGUUUGGUGCUAUUUCGGGAAGUGAAUUAUACGUAGCUAAUUUAGGAGAUUCCAGGGCAGUUCUUGGACGCAGAGGUUUUGAUGGGGAAAGAAGUAAAGUGGUUGCAGAAAGGUUGUCCACUGAUCAUAACGUUUCAUGUGAAAAGGUGCGGAAAGAGGUUGAAUCACUUCAUUCCGAUGAUCCAUCUAUAGUGGUAAAUUGUCGAGGAGUUUGGAGAGUUAAAGGCAUUAUUCAGGUCUCAAGAUCCAUUGGAGAUGCCUAUCUUAAGAGACCGGAGUUAAACAGGGAUCCUAUCUUUCAACAAUAUGGAAAUCCUGUUCCUUUGAAGCGGGCGGUAAUGACAGCAGAACCUUCCAUAGUUACAAGAAAAAUAAGAACGCAUGACUUAUUUGUGAUAUUUGCUUCUGAUGGCCUCUGGGAACAACUAAGUGAUGAAGCUGCUGUGGAAAUAGUCUUUAAAAGCCCAAGAGCUGGAAUAGCUAAGAGACUGGUGGGAGCAGCCCUUAAGGAAGCUUCUAAGAAGAGGGAGAUGAGGUACAAGGACUUAAAGAAAAUAGAGAAGGGGAUUAGGCGUCAUUUCCACGAUGAUAUAACAGUUAUAGUGAUGUAUCUUGAUCACCAGAAGAACUCUUUCCAAUCCAAAGGCACCAUUGGCUGUAUCUCUCCGCCUGUGGACAUAUCAUCCUAUCAUUCAGAUGGUGUUGCAGAUGAACCAAGUGGUUAGAGUUUCCUAAACAUGCAAUAUGGGGAAGGCAGUUUAUAAUGGAUACAGUAGGAUUAUGGUAGUGAGAAUGAAAUGAUACGUGGAAAGAAUACAGAUUAUUGUACAUAAAAAACAAAGUUUUGGCUGGCUGGUUGAAUGCAUUGCCAGCAGAAGAUUUCAGUUUAGGAUCUGACCAAACACAUUUUUUUUUUCCAGACAGACACUCCUCUUUUUUUUUUUUUUUUAAUUAUAAAAAAGAUAAAUAGUGAAAUGGA